GAUCCAAGUCAUCCUCACUCCAAUCCCUACCACUGCAAGGCGAGCAGAGCUCCGCCACCGCCACCGGCGACGACUUCCGUCUCUGCGUGCAGAGCAGCGCCGGAGAGCUAGCUACACUUCUCCGGACUCGCCGGAGCCGCGAUCUUGUGGCGGCCCCCACGAGGCCGGACGGAACGAUGUCCGCCGCUGCCGCCGGCUCCUCCUCCUCCCCUGCCCCGCGGUUGGAAGGCAAGGUUGCGCUGGUCACCGGUGGUGCUUCAGGUAUCGGUGAAGCAAUUGUCCGCCUCUUUAGAGAGCAUGGCGCAAAGGUUUGUAUUGCAGACAUCAAAGACGAAGCAGGCCAGAAGCUCUGGGACUCCCUUGGAGGUGACCAACACGCCUUGUUUCUCCACUGCGAUGUCACGGUGGAGGAGGAAGUAAGCCGAGCAGUCGAUGCAACAGCCGAAAAGUUUGGCACUCUUGAUAUCAUAGUCAACAAUGCUGGCAUCACGGGCAACAAGAUCACAGAUAUCCGAAACGUCGACUUUGCUGAAUUCAGAAAGGUAAUCGACAUCAACCUAGUCGGCGUGUUCCAUGGGAUGAAACACGCGGCACGCGUCAUGAUCCCAAACAAGAGGGGCUCCAUCAUCUCAUUGGCAAGUGUUGCCAGUGUCAUGGGAGGGCUGGGACCUCAUGCCUACACAGCAUCCAAGCAUGCUGUGGUGGGUCUCACCAAGAAUGUCGCUGCUGAACUGGGGAAGCAUGGGAUACGCGUGAACUGCGUGUCUCCCUAUGCGGUGCCCACGGCUCUCUCUAUGCCGUAUUUGCCUGAGGACGAACGCAAGGAUGAUGCGCUGAAAGGAUUUUUGGCCUUUGUUGGUGGUGAAGCCAACCUGAAAGGUGUUGACCUGCUGCCUAAAGAUGUUGCUGAAGCAGUGCUCUACUUGGCAAGCGAUGAAGCGAGGUACGUCAGCGCUCUCAACCUCAUGGUGGAUGGUGGCUUCACAUCUGUGAAUCUCAAUCUGAGAGCAUUUGAGGAUUAGCAUAACUUGUUAGGCCCAAUUGGCACUCUAGUUUCAGAUGAAUGUACCAUUCAGAUUUCAGAACUUUGAUCAAUUACCUAAAAUAAGUGUGUCAGUAAGGAUGGCAAUCUUGUGCCUGUGGUAUUGUAUUGUACCAUAAUUGUAUUGCUGGUGAUUAAGGACAAACCAUUGAUUUUUAUCAUCGCUAUGAUGUUACAAUUCUCUGGUAUGAAUUCAUGUAGCAUCAAGGUAUUCAUGUGUGGUGAGU